AUGGCACUCUCCAUUCUGAGACGCUCGCCACAUACGGUUAAUAUACCGAGUCGGUAUCUCGCACAGUCCUGCAGUGGCGGUGCUCGUGUACCAAAAACCUACUUCCAUACAACGCCUUCACGGGAACUAAUCAAGCCAUAUCUACUCGCUGACAUUGGCGAAGGAAUCACGGAGUGCCGGGUUGUCCAAUGGUUUGUCAAGCCAGGAGAUAGAGUGAGCCAGUUUGAUCCUAUUUGUGAGGUUCAAUCCGACAAAGCUUCGGUUGAGAUUACGUCCCGGUAUGACGGGGUCAUUGCUAGUAUUCACCACGAGGCAGAUGAGAUGGCCGAAGUGGGAAAGCCCCUUCUCGAUAUUGAUAUUGAAGACGAUUCAUCCUCUCCAAGCCAGGCUCCCACAAAAUCAACAGCCGAGGAGAUUGUUUCUGACGAUAUGAGCACUGCGACGGCCAGCGUGGCAGCUAACACAAAUAUGCCGAACAAUUUGUCUAACACAAAUCCUGAACUCGAGGCAAAGAACUCUGGACUUAUUGUCCCGGCAGUCAGAUCUAUGCUAAAGCAGCACAAGAUUGAUAUCAAGGAUAUCGCAGGGAGCGGGAAGGGAAGGAGAGUAACCAAGGAGGACGUUCAACGCCAUUUACGUUCAAGGAAUUUAGCUCUGAAGCCUCUAUCUUCAAAGCCUGCAGCCUGGCCCGGUGCACCACUGGAAGACGAAGUUGUGUCUUUGACACCAAUCGAGACUCAGAUGUUCAAGGUCAUGACUCGUGCUCUCAGCAUCCCACACUUUGGCUACAGCCAUUCCGUCGACGUCACUUCUUUGAUCAGUCUGUGUCGCAACUUCAAUAAGCAACCGGGUGUCUCCAGUGAGAUACACGGAGACGGUGUUUCGAAGUUAACAGCUCUUCCCUUCGUCAUGAAGGCUAUUUCACAAGCCUUUCUGCGACACCCCAGGUUGAACGCUCAUCUAAACACAGAAACUAGUCCGCAAAACCCCCAGUUAAUUGUGAAAGCUUCUCAUAAUUUCGGCAUUGCCGUUGACACCCCAAAUGGGCUUCUGGUCCCGGUCGUCAAAGACAUUCAAAAUCGGUCUAUUCUUUCCAUCGCAGAGGAAAUCAAGCGACUGAGCACAUUGGCAAAAGAAGGCAGUUUGACCCCUUUGGAUAUGAGCGGAGCUACCUUCACUGUGAGUAACAUUGGAAGCAUCGGGGGCUCCGUCGUCCACCCUAUACUUGUGUCUCCAACCGUUGGCAUUGUUGCAGUGGGUAAGGUCGAAGAAGUUCCUGUCUUCUCACAGCACAACAAAGACGUUGACCCAUCAAUUGUCAAGCGAGAGAAAGCUGUUCUCAGCUGGAGUGCGGACCAUCGAGUUCUUGACGGUGCUUCAGUCGCACGAUGUGCCCAGCUCGUUGCCAGGGUCUUGGAAAACAUUGAAUCAAUUGGGAUUGGAUUGCGCUAG